GAAAAAGUUGAACUAAUUAACCAUAGUAAUGGUCGAAGUCAACGUCAGUUGGCCGAACAGUUCGGCAUUGGUAAAACACAGGUAAUUUAACUUCAACAUUGUUUUACAGAAAAAUGAAAUGACAAAACUAUUGUUGCUUUUUGAAUUGUUGCCUUGUAAUGGUCGAUUUUUUUCAUGAUCUGUGAACAAUUUAUUUAUCGCAUUCUUUUGUCUAUUUUCAGGUGCAGACGAUACUUAAGAGAAAAGCUGAAAUCAUGGAGGGUUAUGAAAACAACGCCGGCGGGGACAGAAAACGUCUAUGUACCCGAUCACCUGUAGAUCAAGUCAACUCGCUGAUGUGGGAUUGGUUCCAAAAGGCGCGAUCAAAUGGACUUCCGGUUUCUGGCCCGAUGUUACGAGAGAAAGCUCUACAGUUCGCCCGUGAAUUGAAUGUACCAGAGGCCGAUUUUAAAGCGUCCACCGGUUGGCUCAACAGGUUUCGUCAACGUCACAACAUAAGUUUCAUGUCGGUUUGUGGGGAAAGUGCGAGCGUAUCUAAAGAGACUGUUGACAGUUGGUGCGAACGUAUUCCAGAGUUAGUGAGGGGAUAUAAACCGCGCGACAUCUACAAUAUGGACGAGACGGGAUUGUUCUUCAGAGCCUUACCAGAUAAAUCAUUAAGUGUUAGUGGUGAGGAAUGUAAGGGGGAAAGCGCUCGAAAGAAAGAUUAACGGUAUCGUUAUGUGUUGACAUGGAAGGUCAGUUCGAAAAACCACUCGUCAUAGGAAAGGCAGCAGUGCCUCGGUGUUUUCGGAACAUUAAUGUUAAGAGCCUCCCAGUGACUUGGCGUUUAAAACAAGAAG